AUGCGCACGUCCAUCCUCUCCCCCCUGUGCGCCCUCGCGGGCCUGGCGCUCGCCCACGACGCCCGGACGGGGUCGCACCUCCAGAAGCCCAUGGUGGACGAGAACGCCGACUGGAUGACGAAACACAUGGCUGAGGAGCACCACAUGUCGAGCUGGGACGCCGACUCCUUCUUCACCCUCCACGACUACAACGCCGACGACACCUGGCAGGCCGACGAGCUGCACCGCACCUACGGCCUCCUCGACCAGUCCAACAAGCACGUCUCGCUCGACCGCCGCGACGAGAUCACGCGCGAGCUGCUGCACCUGCUCGACACCGACCACGACGGCGACGUCAGCCGCGCCGAGUGGAAGGCCUUUGUCGCCGCCGGCAAGACCCUGCCCGACCUCGGCACCGGGCCCGGCCACCACGGCGACGACGAGUACGAGUACGAGAUCCACCACUGGGAAAAGUACCACGACGAGAACACCAAGCUCGAGGACCUGACGCACCCCGAGGACAUUGAGCACUUCAAGCACCACGAGGAUCUGGAGCGCGCGCGCGAGGAGCAGGAGGCCAUGGACAAGAAGUCCAUCAUCGAGGAGAACAUUCCCCUCAAGUUCCGCAGGCAACAUUAG